CUUUCUUUUCUCCGCUUUACCAAUUUUAUAGAUUUCUUUUUCAGCCAGGAACAACUUGCAAACUAACGCUGCCUUUUGCUGUCCAAUUUUCUCCAUACAUUUAGCUCCAUCCGUAGCCAAGCAACUUUUUCCUGUUUUUUUUAGCUAGCUCUUAAUAACAAUGCACUCAGAAGUUCCUCUCGGCGAAUGCGUGCCACCAAGCACGCGCUAUGCUGUCUCUGUUUCGCUGCCAAAGUGGGAGGACAAUGUUGAUUAUGAAAAGGGCGAGUCGCGCGUGGUGGACCGCAUGGUCAGUGGAUAUCCCAGGUUCUUCAUUGCCAAGCCCAUCCAGGCGCUGGUAACCGCGUUAAAGGAUCGCUUUGCGCUUCCCAACGAAACGGCGAUGCUUUUCCCGUCGAUAGCAUGUGCCAAGAGGUGUGUGGCCUUUAUUUACGACCAAGCGCCCAAGCAGCACAGUGGCGACGCGGACUAUGUGCUGCCGCGGCCACGACAGGUGCGCAUUGUGCAGCACGUCGUCGAGCCCAUCAACAAGAAGGCCGCAGCGAAGGAUGCUGUGAGUAAUGCAUUGCGCGAGCCGGUAUCGAUCUAUUGUGUGUUGUUCCCUGAAUAUCUUUUCCCGCUGGCCAAGCAGUACUGGCAGCACACCGGCGACGGCAUCACUGCGCGCCUGGCCGACCAUUGUCUGCACAUCGCGCGCAUCAACGAGGAGGUUGAGCAAGAUGUAAAGCCCUAUUCGCCCUUUGGCUCCGGAGGAUCCUCUAGGCGCAAGCAAGGCAGCGGAUACCACCGUGCCUCGCCGAAUGUGCUGACGCCGUCCUCGUCUGUGGCCUCGACGCCAAUUCCAGAGGCAUUCCCGCCUGGCGCAUACGCAACUCAGUCACCAGUAGAUGAGGGCGUGUUGUCUGAAAUUGGGCUGGAAGCAGACGCCUAUGUUGAGGAGCGCUUCGGAAGAAACCUCAAUCUCAAAUAUGCAACCGAAAUGAAGGCGGCGCUGCGGCGUCGCAUUGCAGGCGCACUUUCGGAUGAAGAGCAGAAGCAGGGUGCGCAGGUUGAGCGUGGUGUGGCGGGACUAAGCCCCGACGAUGUUUACCUUGUGUCCACCGGAAUGGGUGCCGUGUUCCAGACGCACCAGGCGCUCCUUGCCAUCAAUCGCAGAAAGAGCGUGUGUUUUGGCUUCCCGUACACGGACACCCUCAAGAUCCUCAAAAAGUUUGGACCGGGAGUUUACUUCUUAGGACAGGGCGAGGGUGGCGACUACGAAGAGCUCGAGCGCAUCCUCGAGCGCCAUUCGCAGGACGCUGAUGAGGAGCCGAUUUUGGCUAUUUUUACUGAGUGCCCGAGCAACCCGCUGCUCAAGACAGCAGACCUGCCGCGCCUGCGCGAGCUGGCAGACCGGUAUGGCGCGGCACUGGUUGUUGACGAAACCAUUGGCAGCUUUGCUAAUGUCGAUGUGCUGACCUGGGCAGACGUCGUGGUAUCGAGCCUGACCAAGGUGUUCAGCGGCGACAGCAACGUCAUGGGCGGCAGCAUCGUGCUCAACCCCACGCGCUCGCACUACAGCAGCCUGCGCGCUGCCUUUGGCGCGCAGUUUGAGGACCUGCUUUGGUGCGAGGAUGCCGUCUUCCUGGAGCGCAACUCGCGCGACUUCAUGAGCCGCGUGCCACGCAUCAACGCCAACGCGCUGGUAGUGGCCGAGCUGCUAGCGGCGAGCCCCAAGGUCUUGCGCAUCAACUAUCCGAAAUUCACCACUGCAGCAAACUAUGAGCGCAUCAAGCGCCCCACAGCCGAUGCUGGCUACGGCGGCCUGCUUUCAGUUGACUUUGUCGGCGGCGAGGACGCGUCCCGCGAGUUCUACGACAACCUGGCAUGUUGUAAGGGCCCAUCUCUGGGUACAAACUUUACCCUGGCAUCACCAUACACUAUCCUUGCGCACUAUGCUGAGUUAGACUGGGCCGCUCAGUUUGGUGUUAGUCCCAGCCUUGUGCGCAUCAGCAUCGGCCUUGAGCCGCGCGACGAGCUGCUGGCCAUGAUCCAGACCGCAUUGGAUGCCAUUCCGGCCUAGUCUGCAGCCACACCCAAACUACACCAAUUUUUUAUUUUUAUUUUUGGCUCAGCCAUCUGGCAUUAUGUUCCAAUGCAAGCCAAGACAAGGCAAGAUCACUUUUGGCAACAA